AUGACUGAGUCAACGAUAAGAGCUUUAUAUAGCAGAGCAGCCUCUUUAAAUCUGAGCUCGAGGAAAAUCAAGGCUGUUCCCAGGUGUGUUUCCAGACUAACAAACCUCUCUGUUCUCCUGCUCAACAACAACUCCAUCAGCGCCCUGCCUGCCGAGCUGCUCUCCCUGCAACACCUGGCUGAGCUGAAUUUGGGAAAUAAUGCCUUGAAGGAGGUCCCCGCUGUUCUGGGCCAUCUGGAGUCCUUGAAGAAACUGUAUCUGUUCAGCAACCAAAUUACAGUAAUGCCACCUGAUGUGAUAGAUGGCUUACAAAACCUCAUUGUGCUCAAUCUGAACCACAACCAGAUUCAAAUACUUCCACCAGAGAUUAAAAGUUUGAGUAGGCUUCGACAUCUCAGUGUGAUGGACAAUAAGCUGGAGGAGCUCCCUGCUGAGUUGGGCCAUCUCACCAAGCUGUGUGAACUAAAUUUGACAACCAAUAAAUUGUCCUGGCUACCUCAGCAGCUGUACCAGUGUAAAGAACUAACCAAGCUGCAUGUAGCCAGAAACAACCUGACCAGCCUACCAGAGGGAAUCAAGGCACUGGAAAAACUCCAAGUUCUUGAUGUGGCUGGAAACAAGCUGUCCAUGUUCCCUGUUGAGUUUCACCUGCUGCCCCUGAAGGAGCUCUACUAUGAAGGCAACAGGUUUGUGCGCUGUGAGCCUAUGUCAUCAGUGCAGGAUGCGCAGGUGCUGAUGCUAAAGGAACUGGUUGCCAGAUUUGUCUUGCGAGAAGACAGGAACAGGUCCUCUCUGGUCCACAAGAUGCUUCCCCACUACCCAUUACUGACUGCCCUGUUGGCCAACAGCAGCUGUUGUGCACUUUGCCUGGACCCCUUCCUCACCACCUGGCUGGAGUGUGUGCGUUUUAUCAGUUUGAAGAAGGACAUGAAAAUGAGGAGUUCGAAGACUAUUCCAGUGCGCACCCUUCUUUGUUCAUACAGGUGCUUUAAUACAGAUGGACACUCCUACUAUGGUGUUGCUACCAGAUAA